AUGUCGCCCAACUACCCGUUUGACCCUUUGACUCCAAAGGAAAUCGCAAAGGCCGCAGCUAUUGUACGCCAUGCAUUUCCUGGACAAACCCCCAACUUUCGAGUAAUUACUCUGAAGGAGCCCACCAAGGCGGAGAUGGUUCCAUUCUUGGAGCAUACGAACCGAGGAGAGACUGCACGGAAGAGACCUGCGAGAAUUGCUUGUGUUCAGGCAGUUCUUCCUUGGGGUUCGGCAAAUAAGUUCAUUGAACUUUGGGUUGACCUCGACCAAGCUGCGAUCCUUAAAGAGGAACAUCUUAUCGGGAAGCACCCAUACAUUGACUCUGACUAUAUGCAAGCUGUUGAGAAAGCGUGUAUGGCAGACCCAAAAGUUCAGGAACAAAUUGCCCACCUUCAACUACCGGACGGUGCUUCUGUUAUUGUCGAGGCAUGGGCAUAUGCGACAGAUGGCACCAAUGACACGUCACAGCGGACCACCAUGUGCUGGUUCUACAUGCGUUUGGUAGAUAAUGCUGAUGCCAACUACUACGCGUAUCCACUGGAUAUUUGCGCAGAAGUGUCAGAGGAGCUGAAGGUGACCAAAAUCUACCAACUGCCUUCCAGUCCCGACGAUCGCAUUCACGACAAGCCAAAGCCGUUCGACCGCCGAAAAAUCCACGGCGCCGAGACUGAAUAUAGCCCUGGCUUGAGACCUUCACCACGGACAACGACGAAGCCGUAUCAAGUUGUACAGCCCGAAGGCCCUUCCUUCAAGACACAAGGGAACUAUUUGGAAUGGGAAAAGUGGUCUAUGCACAUCGGUUUCAACUACCGAGAAGGUCUCACCCUUCACAACGUUCGCUACGAUGGCCGCAACCUCUUUUACCGCUUGUCUCUUGCAGAAAUGUUUGUGCCCUAUGGUGACCCUCGAGCUCCUUACCCUCGCAAAGCGGCAUUUGAUCUCGGCAAUGACGGAGCGGGAAUCAAUGCUAACAACCUACGUCUGGGCUGCGACUGCUUGGGUCACAUCAAGUACUUCGACGGCUGGCACACUACUACUUCAGGAGACCCUGUGAAGCUCCCGAAUGUGAUUUGCUGUCAUGAACAAGACGACGGAAUUUUGUGGAAGCACACAAACUUCCGGACCCAAAAUGCCGUUGUGACGCGUUCGCGAAUUCUGGUUCUUCAAACUAUCAUCACGGUUAGCAACUACGAAUAUAUUUUCGCGUUUCAGUUCGGCCAGGAUGCAUCGAUUCACUACGAAGUUCGUGCCACUGGAAUCCUUUCGACCUGUCCGAUUGAUAUAGGCGACAAGGUACCUUAUGGUACAAUCGUCGCUCCAGGCGUUCUUGCCCCUUAUCACCAGCAUUUGUUUUCUCUUCGUAUGGAUCCUGCAAUCGAUGGCCAGAACAAUUCCUUGCAGGUGGAAGAAUCACAUGCUAUGCCUGUUGACACGCCCAGUUUUGACCAUGACGGCAAAUCGCAAGCUCAGGUCGACUCGUACGACAACCCCUUCGGUGUCGGAUACAUUACACGCUCUUCUAUCGUUGAUAGAGAGGGAGGGUUGGACCUGGAUUUUACAAAGAACCGCACAUUCAAAAUUAUCAACGAGAAUGUCAUCAAUCCUGUGACCGGAACCCCUGUCGGUUUCAAGUUGCUUCCUGCCUACAGCCAGAUGCUGCUGGCACACCCAGGUUCGUACCAUGCCAAGCGCUCUGAGUUUGGAAAGCACGCUGUUUGGGUCACGCGUUACAAUGAAGAAGAGCAUUUCCCAUCUGGCCGUCACACCAUGCAGUCAACUGGUGGCGACGGGAUUGCUUCUGCUAUUGAAAAGCGUACUGGAACCGAAGAAUCCUUGGUGCGUAACAAGGACAUCGUCAUUUGGCACACUUUUGGAUCGACACACAACCCAAGAAUCGAAGACUGGCCUGUCAUGCCGUCGGAGAAGAUGGUCGUCGGUCUUAAACCAGCUAAUUUCUUCACUGGAAAUCCCGGUCUGGAUGUUGCAGUUUCAACACAGGAGAGCAACCGAAGUGUGUUGGUUGAUGGAGGGGAUGAUAUCAACUCGAAGUCGAGUUGUUGCAGACUGUAA